AGCUUCUUGGUUCACCACAAAGCCGAGUUAUUUCAUUUCUUUUUCUCACCUUUUCUUCUGGGUCAUUAAGACAUGAAGUUUUUCGGGUGGAUGCAGAACAAGCUACAUGGGAAACAGGGGAAUACUCAUAGACCUAGCAUAUCCUCUGCUUCUUCUCAUCAUCCGAGAGAGGAGUUUAACGAUUGGCCUCACGGUUUGCUAGCGAUUGGAACGUUCGGUACUGUGAACAAAGAGCAAACACCACAAAAACUUGAUCAAGAAGUGAUUCAAGAAGAGACGUUGUCUAACGUGCACGUAGAGGGUCAAGCGCAAGAUAGAGAUCAGGAUCUUUCUUCCUCCGACGAUCUAGGAGAUUUCACUCCCGAGGAAGUUGGGAAACUGCAGAAGGAGCUGACGAAGCUCUUGACGAGAAGGACCAAGAAGAGGAAGUCUGAUGUCAAUAGAGAAUUGGCUAAUCUUCCUUUGGAUAGAUUCUUGAACUGUCCUUCGAGUCUUGAGGUCGAUCGAAGAAUCAGUAACGCGCUUUGUGAUGAGAAUGAAGAAGACAUUGAGCGUACGAUCAGUGUUAUCUUAGGGAGAUGCAAAGCGAUUUCGACAGAGAGCAAGAAUAAGAAUAAGAAGAGUAAGAGAGAUUUGAGCAAAACCUCUGUUUCUUAUCUUCUCAAGAAGAUGUUUGUCUGUACAGAAGGUUUCUCUCCCGCUCCUCCUAACCCUAUCUUGAGAGACACGUUUCAAGAAACGAGAAUGGAGAAGUUGUUGAGAGUGAUGCUACACAAGAAAGUUAACACUCAAGCUUCCUCAAAGCAAACAUCAACGAAGAAAUGCUUGCAAGACAAGCAACAGCUUUCGUUGAAGAACGAGGAAGAAGAAGGAAGAAGCAGUAGCGAUGGUGGUAAAUGGGUCAAAACAGAUUCUGACUUCCAAGCGUCGGUGCAUGAGUACCGAAACGAGAGAUUCAUGUCUAAAGGUAACGCCUUUGUCUUCCAUGGUGGUAGUGAAGGGAUAUACUCUUCUUCUCCCUCUGAUAACUUCACUUCCGAGUCCGAUUCCGUUUCCUUUAUCCGGUUUGAGAAGAUCAAGUUUCAGAGGCCUGAGGAAGUAUCUAACAGAUCCUCAUUACCUAUCCACGCCGUGGUUUUCGAGGUAGAGGACCGGGAAAACAUUGGAGGAUCUGCUUAUGGUGGGCAAAGAGCUGUGUGUUGCACAUCUGAUCUGGCGAAACUCGGUGUUUGCUCACACGGAGAUGUCAUUUACCGCCCUUCUGCUAAAGAUUCUGGUUGGCCACAAGUGUUUGGUGUCUCGUUGGCUGAGAAUGAGUUGUCUGUUACGCUUCCUACAAGAUCGAUCCAGGUCACUAGGACUGGGAUGUACAACCUCUACUUCAUUCAUUGUGAUUCUGAUCUCAAGGAUUUGGUUGUUGAAGGGAAGACCAUUUGGAAAAACCCUACCGGAUAUCUACCCGGUAGAAUGGCUCCAUUGAUGUACUUUUACGGGUUCAUGUCGCUUGCUUUUGUGUUGCUUGGCAUCUUCUGGUUUUCGCAGUGUGCUAGGUUCUGGAGAGAAGUGCUUCCGUUACAGAAUUGCUUAACUCUGGUGAUAACACUGGGGAUGUGUGAGAUGGCACUUUGGUAUUUUGAUUAUGCUGAAUUCAAUGAGACUGGGAUCAGGCCAACCGUGAUCACCAUCUGGGCAGUCACGUUUGGUUCUAUCAAGCGUACAAGUGCUCGUAUUAUCAUCUUGAUGGUUUCAAUGGGCUACGGUGUUGUGAGACCUACGCUCGGGGGCUUCACAUCAAAGGUCAUCAUGCUUGGAGUCACCUUCUUUAUUGCAUCUGAAAUUCUUGAGCUGAUGGAAAAUGUCGGUGCUGUCAGUGAUCUCUCAGGGAAAGCUCGACUGUUUUUCGUCCUUCCUGUUGCAAUAUUGGAUGCGUUCUUCAUCAUAUGGAUAUUCAAAUCUCUCUCUGCUACGUUCAAGAAGCUUCAGACCAGAAGGUUGUUGGUCAAGUUGGAUAUAUACAGAAAGUUCACAAAUGCUUUGGCUGUAGCCAUUUUGGUCUCCUUGGGUUGGAUUUGCUACGAGCUUUAUUUCAAGUCGAAGGAUGUUUACAACGAACAUUGGCAAAACGCUUGGAUCAUCCCAGCCUUUUGGCAACUGCUCUCCUUCUCGCUCCUAAUUGUUAUCUGCUCUCUUUGGGCCCCAUCUCAGAACUCGACUAGGUACGCAUUCUCUGGAUCUUCUGGAGAUACAAGCGCGGAGUUUGAGAAGGACGAUUAUACACUAACCCUCAUUAAACCAUCUCCAAUUCCUUCUCAUGAAGUCAAGAACCUCUCAGAAACCAGACUUUUACAAGCUGACGAAGGAGAACCAGAAAAAGAUUUGGAGGAAGACAAAAGGGAGUAGAGUAGUGAAGACAACAGUCACAGUCAUCUACUUAUAUUCCAUUCUCUAUAUCAACAGUCAACACCCUCAAUAUUACUACAUGUAUUCUUUUAGGUCACAUGAGUUUAGUUUGUACAAUACAAAGGUCAAGAAACCAAAUCACCCUUUGUCUUCGGUGUUGUAGUGUUAGUUGGGGUUAGUCUAUGUGUGCUCUGUUUUUGUCACGGUGUAAUGUUUAAA